UGUCCUAUUUCAAUUAUUAAUCAGCUGAUUGCGAAUAAACUAAAAAAUAAUGCCACGGGAAAGUGAGAAAAAUAAACUAAUUGCUGAAUUAUGUGUAAAUCAGGUUAUCGACAUGAUUUUUGCAGAUUCAAGCGAUGAGGAGGAGCAAGAUGAAGCGGACGAACGCUUCAUGAUGAACAUGUUAAGCCUUUUGUGCAACCGCAGAAGUAUUCAUUUGGGAAUUCCAAAAUCUGCUGUUUGGCACCGGCGUGUACUGAAUAGUUUUGACGACAGGAGGUUUAAUCAAAUGGUUCGCGUACGACCCGAGGAGUUUGGGUACAUACUAAACCUAAUAAAAGACGCUGACGUAUUUAAAACAGUCUCCCAUAGAAGUCAGCUUCCAAUAGCAUUGCAACUCCAAAUUGUGUUGUAUCGAUUAGGCUCCUCGGGCGAUGGGCUAUCGAUACGAAAAGUUGCGUCUCUUUUUGGCGUAGGCGAUGGUGGCACAAUUCAGAAUGUGACACAACGAGUUUUUAAAGCGAUAUUAUCUUUGAAAAGCAAGUUUUUGAAUUGGCCAAGUGAAUUCGAAAGACUGCAAAUUGUGUCUGCCACGAGGAAUGAGAUGCCAGGUUGCAUAGGCUAUAUCGACGGCUCAGAAAUUAGACUGGCCGAAGCACCUGUUAAGAAACAUGAGCUCUACUUCUCUCGGAAACGCCAGUAUUGCAUUAAAAUGCAAGCUGUCUGCGACUAUAAGUUGCGAAUAAGGCAAGUCACAGUAGGCUACCCGGGCAGCGUUCACGACGCAAAAAUGUUUUUGGACUGCCCACUUUCUAAACAUCCCGAACGCUUCUUAGUUCCUUCUCAGUGGAUCGCUGCCGAUAGCGCUUAUCCACUGAAACCGUUUAUAAUUACACCAUUCCGACAAAAUAGUACCGAGUAUACAAGAGAGAGUAGAGAUCUAUUCAACAAAUACUUUUCCAAAUAUCGCGUGAGGAUUGAGAAUUGCUUUGGGUUGUUAAAGGAAAAAUUUGGUAGUUUAAAAGAACUUAAAUUCAGAAUGCUUACCGAUCAAAAUAAAAAGCACUGCAAUGAAUGGAUAAUGGUGUGCUGCAUCUUGCACAAUAUUUUAAUAGAAUAUUCAGAAAAAGAAAGUAGCAGUGACAUUCUAUCAUCUGAACUUAAUAUACCACCUCCAAGCAACACUAGAGCUGCCUUAUUGCACUUCAUACAAAACCAAACAAACGAUUAA